GUUGGCGGCGGCGGGCCGCGGCAAGGGUGUUCAAUAUCAGCCCAGAUACCUUACAGAAGAACUGCAGAAGAUUUUCACUGAAGACACUGACUCUGAAACUGAAGCAUUUGAAGGCUUUGCUUCAAGUGAGGUGGAUGUGAAGAAAAAAGGAAUUCCGGUAAAGGCAGUGAUGGAGUCAGACAUGAGCGAUGAAGAACGUGAUAAUUUAUUGGGUACCGGGGAAGAAGAGGAGGAAGAGUCAAAGAAGAAAGUUUCCCCCAAGAGAAGAAGCUUUGGUCUUCGUGUUGCUUUUCAGUUUCCAACCAGAAAGUCUUCCGAGAAAAAAGUGCCUGAACAGGAUUUUUCUAAGUUACCUAUAAAGGACAGUAAAUCCCCCACUGCUCUUUCAAAAGAAAGAAAUUGCAAGCGAUGGGACAAACUAGAGGGCUCUGCUUCAGAAUCUGAAGAAGACAUUAAAGAAACACAGGAAGAAAGUUCCAGUGCUCUGCUUAAAAGAGCUAUGAAUAUUAAAGAAAAUAAAGCCAUGCUUGCCCAGUUAUUAGCAGAACUGAAUUCAGUACCUGACCUGUUCCCAGUGAAGACACCUGCCUCGACUCCUUCGAAACAGAGGAAAAUCCCAAGGAGGGCAUUUACCGAAGGCCAGAUAACACGUCGCAUGAACCCAACCAGAAAUGCUCGUCCACCAGAGAAAUUUGCCUUGGAAAAAUUUACUGUGUCAGCCGUCAGAUUUGCAGAACACUUCCAUAGUUACAAACAACAAAACCUCUUAAAGAAGAGACUGAGCAUGCAGGGGAAUUGUGGCGUGCGCAAACGGAGGAGAUCAUCAAAGUAUUCAUCUUACCGUCCAGUAGAGGAUAUUACUGAUGAGGACUUGGACAACAUUGCAAUCACUGUUAAAGACAAAAUCUAUGACAAAGUUCUAGGUAGUACUUGCCACCAGUGUCGUCAAAAGACAAUUGAUACAAAGACCGUCUGCCGCAGCCAGGGCUGUGGAGGUGUAAGGGGGCAGUUCUGUGGACCGUGUCUUCGAAAUAGAUAUGGGGAAGAUGUGAAAUCAGCACUGCUUGAUCCAGACUGGAUCUGUCCUCCUUGUCGUGGGGUGUGUAACUGCAGUUACUGCCGCAGGCGCGACGGUCGCUGUGCCACGGGGAUGCUCAUCCACCUGGCAAAGUUCUAUGGCUACAACAAUGUGAAAGAAUACCUGGAAAGUUUACAAAAACAACUGGCGGAUGGCAAUUGAGAACACUGAACUCAAGUUGUGCCUGCAAAAUAUCUUCACAAGUUUUUACUUCAAAAGGUUGUUACUAUGUUUUAUAUAAGAUAGAAUUUUAGAGUAUAGUAUAUACAUUUCUGUGUGUGGAACUUUUUUAUUAAUGUGGUCUUAUGCAAAAGAUCUCUCAGGAAAACGUUUGGUAGAGAAAUCUACAUGCACAGACCUAUACGUUAAGUGGAAUGGCACUCUUGAACCUUGGAGUGGUUAAUUUCUAAUAGGGCUACAACACAACUACAUAAUGGAGAACUUUGUUGAUUUGAGCAAUAUUUUUAUUUAUGUAAUUGUGCAAAUUUGCAAAAAGGGUGUUUAACAACUACCUAUAAAGCCUACCCUGUUUAAGAAAAAAUAAAACACCCCAAAACCCCUUCUGUUCUAAUUUGACCACAAAGACUCGAUUUUUCCAAUCCUUGCUUUCUGAACCUAUUCCUCCACUUGUAAUAUUUAGAACUUAUCCCUGCAAAGAAGAGAAGGGUACUUUCAUCUCAUUGCCAUUAUAUUCCAGCCAAAGCUGAUGUAAUCUACCAGUGGGAGGAUGAUUUUUUUUAAACCCAAAGUGCAAUUAACCACUGAAACAUUAAAGUGGAAGUGUUUUGUAAAAAAAUAAAAAUAAAAAUAAUAAAAAAAUUGUGAUAUACCUGCUACCUGAACCAGCACAGCAAUCAUAACUAGUUAAUUGGUUUAAACCACAAUGUUCACGAUGUUGUUUUGAAAUACAGUUCAUAGUUAGAUCUUUUUUUCAUUUGUGCAACUAAGCUUUCAAACAACUUUAAGCAAUAUGUUUGUAUUGUAUGAUUAUGCUAAAAUUUAUGUAAGAUACAUAUUUCAUUUUAUGUAGAGACAAUAAAGAAUAAUCAAGAGGAACAUUUUAUGAGU